AACACACACACACACCCGUGCUCACUCACACACACACACACACACACAUUCAUGCACACAGAGACUGAGCGCUGAGGAUGGAAACUGCGUGUGAGUAAAUCAGAGAGAAACACACACGCACACACACACGGGGAGCACGGAGGAGAUUUAAACCACUCUGCAGAAGCCUGGAUGCUAAAAGCUAGGCCUUGGCUCUAGAGGCUAACACACAGCUGCUAGCAUAGCCUAGCCUAGCUUAGCCUAUCUUCUCCUGAAGCCACUGUUGGAUUUCUCUCUUCACCGCAUCUUGCUGUGGACUUAAAACAUCCCUUGAAGGAAAUAUCUUAAAGGACUAUUCCAGGAUUCCUUCUCUCGCUCUCCGUGCGAUCGCUGACGGCUGCCCUCUGACCCCUCAGCACCGCUGGCUCAUCCUUCGGGCCAGAACCAUGUGAAGUUUUUCCAACGCACCUCCUGAGCGGACUGUAAGACUGUUACAGUAACACCAUCCCCCUUACCCCCACCCCCUCCCCCCCCCUCGACCUCUGGCGGGGGCAACUCGAACAUUCUCCCCGUUCCCAAUCCCAGUACACUAAAGGCCACAACCCUCGUGUUGAAACCCUCGGCUCGGGAGGACUCGCUCAGGGUUCGCCAUGAUGUUCCGGGACCAGGUGGGGAUUUUGACGGACUGGUUUAAGGGCUGGAACGAAUGCGAACAGACGGUGGCGCUGUUGUCGCUGCUCAAGAGGGUUUCGAGGACCCAAGCGCGAUUCCUUCACAUCUGCCUGGAGCACUCGCUAGCCGACUGCACCGAGAUACACUUACUGGAGGCGGAGGCCAACAACGCAGCCAUCGUCAGCCAGUGGCAGCAGGAGCCCAAAGAGAAGGCCGUGUCACUGCUGCUCUCACAUCUCCCCCUGCUGCAGCCACGUAACAGCGAGGCCAAAUGCGAGUACAUGAAGCUGCUGCAGCAGGUGCUGAGCCACACCAUCGAGAGCAGCCUGUUUGUAGAGGAGAGUCGUCAGCUCCUCUCCUACGCCCUCAUCCACCCGGCCACCACGCUCGACGACCGCAACAACCUCGCUCUGUGGCUUAACCACCUCGAGGAGCACCUGUCUGCCCGUCCGCCACCCGGACCCUACCACCACCACCACCAUCAUCACCACCACCACGCCCGACAGGGUUCAGAUGAAUGGACGGGACCGGCCGAGUCUCUGGAGGUGGCACAUGCCUGGCACGAUAAACCGCCGACCACGUGUAGCUCGCCUGCCGGCCAGAACGGGCACAUUGCUUUUCCCAGUCCAGGUGGAGUGCCCUCUCCGAUCAACAGCAACAGCACAGGACUCUCUGGUCAGGUACAGACGAGUUCAGCGGGGCGCACGAUGUCUCUCGUUCCUGCCAAUCAGCCGGGCUGCAGCUCUGAUUGGCUUGGCCAGGAUGAACUAGUUGGGCGCCAGGGUGCAACGGGGGCGGAGCAUGCCCCACUGUCUCCACAGGGCAGUGUAGCUUCAUCAGGCAGCGAGCAAACAGAGGAUCAAAGCAACAUACGGAACACGUUCCAGGAAGACGGCAGCGGCAUGAAAGGUAUGAAAGAUGUGCCAACAUGGCUAAAGAGUCUCCGUCUGCACAAGUAUGCUUCCCUAUUCUCCCAGAUGAGUUAUGAGGAGAUGAUGGUCCUUACUGAGCAGCACCUGGAGUCACAGAACGUGACCAAAGGCGCUCGGCACAAGAUCGCGCUGAGCAUCCAGAAGCUGAGGGAGCGCCAGAGCGUCCUCAAGUCACUCGAAAAGGACAUCCUCGAAGGCGGGAACGUCCGGAACGCCCUGCAGGAGCUUCAGCAGAUCAUCAUCACGCCCAUCAAAGCCUAUACCCCGCCCACUGCCGCCCAGAGAGAGGUGGAGCCUGGAGCCACACCCACCGACAAGGCAGCCAAUCCCGUGGAAGAGAAAGACGCGUCUGUAGAAGGCUUUCAGAGUCACAAUCCUCCCCCCGGUGACGGGGAGACUUCGGCCACGCCCAUCUCAGACGGAGACAUUCCCGGGCAGUUUACACGCGUGAUGGGGAAAGUGUGUACGCAGCUCCUGGUGUCGCGGCCGGACGAGGAGAACAUCAGCUGCUACCUGCAGCUUAUCGAGAAGUGUUCGACACAUGAGGCAUUCACAGAGACUCAGAAGAAGCGCUUGGCGUCUUGGAAGCAGCAGGUGCUGAAGCUGCUCCGCCUUUUCCCACGGAAAGCCAUGCUGGACAUGCCCGUGUACCGACAGAAAGGGUGGGCGUAUGGUUCGAACUCUUUGCCCACAGCGGGCUCUGUGGGUGGAAGCGUGUCUCGGCGAGGACAGAGACAGUUCCAGCUGCCCCCUCGCGGUGCCGCGCUCCCCAGCCGCAUGGGCAUCGUCACACACUCCCCACGACACACACUCGCCAACCAGCCGGCCCUCAGCGCACAAGGCAGACAGAACCUGUGGUUUGGGAAUCCUGGGGGGAGUAACAGCAUGCCGAGUCAGAGCCGGAGCUCCGUGCAGAGAACACACUCGCUUCCUGUACACACCUCUCCGCAAACCAUGCUACUGUUUCAGCAGCCAGAAUGCCCGGUUCCAGGGACUGACCUGGAGAUCAACCCCACGCUGGAGUCACUGUGCCUCAGUAUGACUGAACACGCCUUAGGAGAUGGAAUGGACAGAACGUCAACAAUAUGAAAAUAAAAAGGGAAAAAAAAAAAAGAAGUUGUUUCACGAUCUCACCCUUCACUUCACGCAUGUGCGGCCUGGAACGUGCAACCCGUGCUUAAAAAUAAAAUAAAACACAGACACACACACAGACACACACACGUCAAACAGUUCACUACAAAAAAAAAAAAAAACAGCGGGAAAACAAAGUGUACAUGUGCUCUUGAUAUUUUUCUACUUUAUUAUAGUGAGUUUAUUAUAAACGGAAUGCAGACGAUUAUAAUAUCGGAGGAAGUGGCGUGUGCGAGGACCGCCCGGCGUCCCGCUCGCAUCCCGGAGAGAGGAGACGAUGGAAGUCUCAAACUCGGGGUGGAGGAGCGAAAGCCGAAACGGCGCGACGAGCGAAUGAUCUGGUGCUGAUUUCAAGGGCUCAUGGCCUGUUCUGUUGUUUAUCCAGGAGUCGUUAAGUCGCAAACAGUGCGCGCGCACACAUAAUAAGACACACACACACACACACACACACGCACACAGGUUUGGUUCCUGAACCAACUGCAUGUUUGAGCUGCGUUCACAACUACUAUUUAUUGUCUCUCUCUUUCAACGAAUGAAUAAAUAAUAAAUAAAUAAAAUCACUAUUUAAAUAAGAACAACGCUGCCUGGGCAGCGCAGAAAAUAAAUUAAUUGUUUGAAAAAGAAAAAAAAGCAACAUAAGCCAGUUUUAAAAAUUUGGAUUUUUGUGAUUCUCUGCAUCUGAUUCUUCUCUGAAGUUUUAGUCUUUGUGAACGUGGCUUUGAUCUCCGGUUCCUUUUAAUCACUCACUGCCUUGUGAUGUCAUCACCGUGCGCCUCUCGACUUCCAGGCUCGAGAUUUAAAACAUUUGCUGCAAGUGUCAUCUCCUGUAAGCUGUUAAACCUCAAAACAAACAAAAAUAACAAAUAAAUGCUUGUUUGGUUUCCAA